UAUGUAGUUUUAAAUGACUAUUGUUUUUCGAAGUAUUUUCCAUGAAGAUGAAUACACAUCUGCAUGCGCUCGAACCAAUUUUCGAAGCACAUCCAAAACGGCAUUUUUGAAUGCGUUAACUAUUUCUUCUGGUGACUGGAACCUUUGACCAUGCAGUCUGUUUUUCAUUUUCGGGAAAGUAAAGAAAUCGUUAGGACUUAAAUCGCGACUAUAUGGA